CCUACGUAGCAAAACGAUUCGCGAUUAGGCAUUUUUGUUGCCUCGUAGUUCUCAUGGUGAUUCUGAGCGUAGCUACACACUAUAAGCGUUAUCAUAUAGAGCCAAAGUACACGAUGCUUCAAGCAUUUUAUUGCUGGGACCGGCCUGUUCCGCAGAUAGCUGUAGCGGAGCACGACAUCACGUUCGUGCCAAACAUCGUACAUUUUGUAAGACUCGGUGAUGCUCCUUUGUCAUUUAUCGAAGUCGUAAGCAUUCGAGCAGCCUGGCUCCAGCAAAAACCGGACUCUUUGAUGAUUCACUGCGACAACUGCAGCGCGACCACGGGAAGCGAGAACUGGAAGCACAUCAAGGACAUACCGCGACUAACACUCAACUACGUCGAGAAACCGGAGACAAUUUUUGGCAUCGAGAUAAGCUGUAUCCAGCAUGCUUCCGACAUAGUUCGCAUCAGAGUUCUGAGAAAGUACGGAGGCAUCUAUCUCGAUAGCGAUUCCUACGUCGUCAAAAGUUUAGACAAGUACAGGCGCUACGAAACAACCAUAGGGUGGCCGCCACGCGGGAUCAUUGGCAACCAAAUUAUCAUAGCCCAUAAACGAUCCGAGUUUUUGCGUCUCUACUACGAGUCUUAUCGCAAGUAUCGGCCGGACCUUUGGUAUUACAAUGGUGGUCAACUGCCCACACAGGAGAUUCUUGGAAAGAAUCCUCACCUUGUCUACAGAGUUCCGUGUGAUUUUGGAGUGCACGAGCACAUCGUCAUGACCUUGUUCGAACGGUCCAACGAUGACUGGAGGAACUUCAGUGCUAUGCACUUAUUCUUCAGGCACAGAAGUUACCUUUCCUAUGAUAAAUUUGGACCAAUCAACUUCGAGACUGUAGGAAGGUAUGAACAGAAUUUUGGGAAGAUGGCGCGCCUCGUACUCACAGGCUCGACGAGGUUGGGUGCAUCGACGGUGAAAAAUAUAUCGCUACUGAGUGCAGAAAACUUGGAUUACUAUGAUGAAUGUGGAUACUUAUGCCAUCCGAUGUCUUUGUUCAUACCAUGAUUAUCAUUCAUAUAUGCACGUUUGUCUACUUAUUGAAGAAGUAUUCGCUAUUUCUUAGCGAUGACUACUUGUCUUCACUGAGUUCGUUCUUGUAAAAGCAAAAGAAAUACCUUUCUGUGUCCUGUUAGUCCAAAGUUCUCGUUUUAACACAGCCCACUUAUGUUUGCUAAAAUCAUUGCUACUACACUGCACAGGCUCGAUGCCACUAUUCUCAUCACAAAAAAACUGUAUCUUCAGAGAAGUGCUCAAGGAGAUUGAUUAGUUUAUGUCUGGCAUAUGAUGGCAAUGGUUCUAACAUUUAGCCUUGUAACAAAGUAUUGCCUAAUGAGAAAGCUUGAUUGCUGCUUACGGGAAAGAUACAGCGAACAGCAUUUAAGGCAAAAAAAAGAAGCACGACAAGCAAAGCGGCGUGCA